GUUGGUUGCCACCCACAGCCACAAACUGCUUCAUCAAACCCUACUCUGGCUAAUAAUCUCCCCCCAGGAACUGGGCAGGCUGAUCCCAGUCAUUCUCUCAAAUCAAAUUGAUGAAAGAAGAGAACAAGGAUCAGGAAAAAAAAAUUCCACUGGUGGCACUUAGGGCCAUUUGUCGCAGGAGAAGGGGAGCUGAACACCAUCAUGGUGAGGAACAUUGAUGAUUUCGAUUUUUGCCUUCCAUCUCAUCCUCAGUCCAUUCUGGAAGGGCUGCACGCCUUACGCUCCAACCCCAAACUCGCAGAUGUCACCUUGAUUGUUGGGGGACAUGAAUUUCUCUGCCAUCGCAGUAUCCUGGCCCUCUGCAGUCACUACUUCAAUGCCAUGUUUGCUGGUGACUUCCUGGAAAGCUUUUCAGCCCGUGUAGAGAUCAAAGAUGUGGAUCCUGCUGUUAUGGAGUCUUUGAUUGACUUUGCUUACACAGGGAAGGUGACCAUCAAUCAGGGGAAUGUAGAGGCUCUAAUUCGGACAUCCAACCAACUCCACUUCCCCAUUAUCCGGAAAGUUUGCAGUCGGUACCUAAGGCAGCAGAUGGAUGCAACCAACUGUUUAGGAAUUUGUGAGUUUGGGGAGUUGCAUGGCUGUCCAGAGGUAUCAUCCAAGGCCUGGUCAUUUCUGCAGGAGAAUUUUGAGCUUGUGUCUCAACAGGAAGAGUUUCUUCAGCUAUCCAAAGAGAGAUUGAUUACUUAUCUGUCCAACAGUCUACUACAAGUACAGGAAGAACAGAGCCUGCUUGAGGCUGUGCUCAGGUGGGUGAAGUAUGAAAAAUCUGCUAGGUCCAUCCACCUUCCAGAGCUCCUUGAUUUAGUGCAUCUGGUCUCAUUGCCAGAUCAGUGUCUUCAGAACCUCUUGUCAUCAGAACCACUGAUUCAGGAAUCAGAAGCUUGCAAGACCAUCAUCACCAGACAUCGCAGCACGGUGGAGAACAGGCCUUUUGUCCAGCAGAGACUGAAAGCCCUUCCACAAAAGCUUGAAGAGGUGCUGGUGGUGGUAGGAGGUAGAGCUUUGGAUGAGAAUGAAGAAGAAGGACAAUCACCACCAAUUUCCAGGAACUUUGCAUUUUAUAACACCAAAACAAAAAACUGGAUUGCUCUACCGGAUUUUCCAGAUUAUAAUAAAUGGGGCUUUUCUAUGAUUGCUCUGAACAAUGAUGUUUAUGUUACAGGUGGCUCCCGAGGCUCCCAGAAUGACACAUGGUCCACAACCCAGUCUUGGUGCUUCUGCCUGAAGAAGGGUGCCUGGAAAUCUAUUGCUCCAAUGCUGAAGCCUCGGACAAACCAUGCUAAUGCUGUCCUCAAUGGAGAGAUCUAUGCCAUUGGUGGCACCAAAGUGGACAUUGUGGAGGUGGAGUGCUAUGAUCCUUAUAAUGACAGCUGGUGUUUUGUCAGUCCUGCCCUGAAGUAUGUCAGCAACUUUGCUGUAGCUGGAUGUCUUGGCAAGCUAUACCUGAUUGGGUCUUGUGCUGUCAAAUACAAUGCCUUGACCCUGCAGUGUUACAACCCUGCCAUUGAUGUCUGGAGUGUAAUUGCAUCGCCUUUCAUCCCAAAGUACCUGUCUGGUCCUCGCUGUGCCUCUUUGCAUGGAGUAAUAUACCUUAUUGGUGACAACACAAAGAAAGUGUAUGUGUAUGAUCCAGAUGCUAACAUAUGGCAGAAGGUGCAGCAACUUCACACCCUCCAUGAAAAUGGAGGCAUGGUACCCCUUGGAGGUAAACUUUUUGUCACAGGGGGCUAUUGGAAAGGUAUGGAUGGUGACUAUCAGGUGGAGAUGGAAACAUACGAUUGUGCCAAAGAUGUCUGGAAAAAGGAAGGGUCUCUCCCAUGUUUAUGGCUCUACCAUAGUUCCUCUUCUAUCUUCAUGGAUAUUUCAAAAUGGACAGAACCUUUCCUGGGAAAUCAGUUGUAACAGAAGACAGUGGUAACAGGCCUCACUGAACAAAGGUUCAGUGAUGCAUUUGGAAAAAGAGGAGACUUUCUGUUCAUGAUCACAUUUUUGUAUUUCCUUUUAAAUUUACCUUCUUAUUCUAACUUUACAGUUAUUAUUGUCUUCCUACUACAGCCCUUGUUGGAUUGAAUCAGUUUAGUGGAUACUUUUAGUCACAACAGUAGCAUUAAUGACAAACACAGGGUGACAGGACUGUAAAGCUGUCAAGUAGCUGAGGGUUAAAAUGAAGGUCCUCUAAUGGGUGUAUAUACUCAGCACAAAAUACUGUGUUAUCUCUAGAUUUCUAAACAUAGCAUACUAUCAUAUUCAAGGCCAAUGAAGUUAAAGAUUAGUUCAUAUGUUGUUUCCAGAUCCCAUUCCAGAUUCAUCAUCCCAUUGAUGAAAGAAGGUAUGAACAAGUCUCUUACAGAACUCACUGCUAGAAACAUUUUGCAGUUUCUAUGACUCCUCAUUGUUCCUUUUAGAUAGUUGCCAAAGCUGUGGUUUGUAAGAUUCCAGUGAAUGAAUAGAAUGGCCAUCCUUCAUAAGUAGAUAACUUCCUUGUUCAAAGGCAACCAGUCUUGCAGAGCUAAUGCCAGGGAAGGCUGAAGGCAGCAGAAAGAGAACGACUGCAAGCCACAUGGCUGGACUCAGUCAGGAAGGUCAUGGGCCUGAAUCUACAGGACCUACACAGAGCAGUGGAUGACAGAGGGUCUUGGAGAUGUCUCACCCACAGGGUUGCCAUGAGUCAGAGCUGACUCAAGGGCAGUUAACAACAACAAACAAAAACCGCUUAAUUGUGUCGGUUUGUAGCCAGUAUCUAAAAGGGGCCAAAAGGAAUGUAAACUAUCUCUAAAUCAUAAAUAGAACUUUCUUAAGAAUAUCAUAGAGGCUAAUAUUCAUGAGUGAUUUUAGUGACCAAUUUACAGAACAUGGAAAUGUUAUUUUUUGGGUCAGAACUCUCCCCAGUAACUUUUCCAUUCUGUGGCCCAGUGGCAAUACUAGAGUUGGUGUCACCGAGUGUGGGAGGUGGGGGGUGAAUGCAUCUAGUUGAUAACUGACCCCCAAACUGCCAUUGAAAUUAGUGGAGGGGUGUGUUCUUGGAAGAAUUUCUAAUUUUGGAAAGUGUCAUGUAACAUACAGCUUCAUCUAAAAUUAGCCUCCAUAAUUUCUUCCUUUUAAGGUAAUUGUGAGAUUACUUUUAAAAUUAUUCAUGCAGUAUUCAAAUUAUUCAAAGUAGUAUGGAGAGUUGUGGAAAUACCCUUUUAAACCUAAAUAUAUCAUAAAAUAAUAUUCUGUGUUGAUCUGCCCAAACUUCAGGUUGGUGCAGCUCAUAGAGAAGAGCCCUGGUGGCCCAGUGGUUAAAUGCCUGUAGUGCAGCCACUCACUCACAAACCAUAAGAUUAUGAGUUCAAUACCAGCCAGGGCCUUAGGCUCGACUCAGGCUUGCAUCCUUCCAAGGUUGCUAAAAUGAGUAUCCAGAUUGUUGGGGAAAAUUAGCUUUGCACACUUAGGGAGUGCUUAAGUGGUAUAGAAAUGUACUUGCUACACAUCUUGGGCUAAGUCCCCUUUCUCAGUUUAAUUCAAGUUAUUUCAAAUUCAUAUAAGUUUUCUAGAACAAGGAUGGGGCACCUUAGGCCUUUCAGAUCUUUUGGAACAAUUCCCACAGUCCUUUACCAUUGGAGCUGAUAUGGGCUGCAGGCCAAAACAUCUGGAACAUCAAAAAUUCUCCACCUCUGGUUAGAAUUUAAUCAAAUUGCAAAAACAAGUCAAAGCAGAUUCUUUAG